AUGCGAGACAGCUCACCUUGCUGCUCGCUGCGUCUGCAUCUGCGUCUGCUGAAUCAUGUACUGCAGCAAACAGCCCGCGAGACGGCAUCUCGAGAGGAAGGAAGAAAGAAAAGAGGCGGCCGUCACAUGCACGUCGACGAAAAGGACGAAAAGGGCUUGCCGUCGUUUCGGUUGGCCAGUCCAGACGGCAAGGAGCUCCUCGUUCAUCCCGAUGGCUCGCUUGUUGGCUUGCGACACCCAUCUCACUUACACGGGAGCUACACCCUAGGUAAGCAAGCAAGCUAUGCAAGCAAGAGGUCGGGGGAAUCUCGUCCAUCGCCUGCCUCCUCAGUCGCAACGGGCCCGGCCACUUUCACAUGCUUCUGCUUCUGA